AUGUCGAAUUCGAGUAAGGAAACCCUAGAAGAUGAAAAGGGAAACAAAAUCCCGAACCAGCGAACCGAGCCGUCUCAGGAAUGGGAAACAAUGGCUCGAGCCUGGAUCACCGCCUUCCCCGACGCUAAGGCCGACGUCAGCUCCAGCGAAGUCGAGACUUGGAUCGGCUCCAAUUUCGACUCUCUGCCGGCGGAUCUCCGCGUCAUGCCUCGCUCCGAAGUCGUCGACCGCCUCCUCUCAAUGCAACAUUACAUGAGACCUCCUCCACCGGAUCACACCGAGCAAAAUGUGGAAGAGAAUAAUAAUAAUCAAUCGGAUCAACAUCCAGCUCGAUUUCAGAGGACGGAUCAGUGGUUACCAGUGUAUUCGUGGCUAGAGUCAUUGGACUAUGGAGAUUUGGUGAAAUCGAAGGAUAUCUCUGAAUGGCUCGAUGCGAAUCCAGAGGUUAAAGAAGAGCUCUCUUCGAGACAUUCUCGUUAUCAUUUGACUCAUUACGUUAAGAAAUGCCAUCUCAAGAUACUUAAAAGGAAGGAGAAGAAGGGAUUAAUCCGGCUGAGUAGAGAAACUGCAAUGGAAGUUCACAAAGAAUUUGGCGAGAAACACACAUCUUCCAUCUCUGAUCCAAUGAGCAACAUACCAAAAGACAGUGAUCUCUACCAUACAAAACAGAAGGAAGCUAAACGCAGAUUUGAGAUCUUGGUUGAUCUCGAGAAGAAACUUGCUCCACAUUUUUCAAGGCCUCGGAUAGCAAACAGAUGA